AGUUGCAAGAUCUGAGGGAGUGACAGAAAAAUAAAGAGGGAGGGAAAAGAGAAGAACAGAGACAAGCAGGACCAAAAUCCAAGUUCCCUCUCUCUUCUUCCUCCCAGUGACUCCAGGGUGAGAUCAAGAGAUAGCAAGCAUGCUGUCCCUCAGCUCCCUGUCCAUCCUCCUCGUCUUGCUUCUCCUCCAGCCCCCACAGCUGUCUGCGCAGGAUGUGCAGAUACGUCUUGCAGGCGUCGGUCGGCGGAAUGCAAACGAGGGACGUGUGGAGGUGUUCUACAAUGGAUCAUGGGGCACAGUGUGCGACGACGAGGUGGAUAUUAAACUUUCCGAUGUGCUGUGCCGACAACUGGGCUUCCAGCGCAGCUUUACCUGGGCACACAGUGCCAAGUUUGGCCAAGGACAAGGUCGGAUCUGGUUAGACAAUGUGCGCUGUCGGGGUUCAGAGGCCUCUGUUGCACAGUGUCACUUCAGUGGUUGGGGAAUCAAUGACUGCACCCAUGGUGAGGACCUGGGUAUCAUUUGCAGCCCAGAAAGAAGACCUGGCUUCCCCCCUGUCACUUUAGAGGAGGCCCCUUCAUCUUCAGGUCAACAGCCAAGCCAACAAAGACAAAGAAACCCAUCAUCACCCCCAUCACAGCCUGUGGCCCCAGCAAACUCUCCCUCUAACUCCACAAGAGGCCAUGAGAUUGCCCUUCAUCGCAGCAGCUCUUCCUCCCGUCGCGGAGGCAUCUCCCCAUGGGAAAAUGGCCACGAGAUCCAGAUCUCCAGGCGAAAUCGAGGUGGUUCGAGAGCAAGUCAGCAGACUAGUCCAGCACUGCCGCGAGGUCACCAGCUGCCCUCACGCCUGGCAAACAGCGACUCUUACAGGCAGAGGGAGGAAACGAGAAGGAGAAAUCCACAGGUUGCGAGGCAGGAGCCUGAAGUGCAGAUGAACAGGCAGCCCCAACCUCAGCCUCCUGCCCAGAUCCACUCUGAAAGGAGGAGUGACAGGCAUCAGCAGCUUAGUGGAAAUCAUGUGGAACCAGACCCAGUUUAUCCAGAUGUGGAUCUAGAGACUGAUGCACAAUACACACAGGGAUCUGAAAGGAUUUACCUGGAGGAAGCUCGUCUUCGGCCCGUGCUGUCCGGCAACCAUGGUGGUCUGGUGAGGGAGGGAGUCCUGGAAGUGAAGCAUGCUGGGAAGUGGCGUCAUGUGUGCAACCAUGGUUGGGACUUGAGCAGCAGCCGUGUUGUGUGUGGCAUGUUGGGGUUUCCGGCAGCAGAGCCGUUUGACCAAAAUGCUUACAGGAAACUUUGGGAUUCCAAGUUAGCGGAUCCUUCAUCAAGGCUGAGAUCCCAGAUCAGUAAGAAGGCUUACUGGGUGGAGAAGGUGCAGUGUCAGGGUUUGGAGGUGUCCUUAGAGCAGUGUCCUGCACAGCUGUCCAGCCCCAGGAGUGACGUUCCAUGCAGGGGAGGUAUGCACGCAGUGGUCCGCUGUGUCCCUGGAUUCCAGUUUGCGCGCCCCGGCAGAGCACCUGCUCCACCUCCAGUCGCGCCUGUCGUCCGCCUGAAGGCCGGGCCCCGUCUCGGAGAGGGCCGUGUCGAGGUCAUGAAAGAGGGAAAGUGGGGUACGGUGUGUGACCACCUGUGGGACCUAAAUGCAGCCAGCGUGGUCUGCAGAGAGUUGGGUUUUGGGUCAGCUAAAGAGGCGCUCACCAGGGCUCAACUUGGACAGGGUACUGGUCCCAUCCACAUGAACAGUGUCCAGUGUACGGGCAGGGAGAAGUCUCUCAUGGAUUGCGUCUAUAAACCAGUGCCACUUUACACCUGCAAACACACUGAGGAUGUAGCUGUGCGCUGCAAUGUCCCCAAUACUGGCAUUCAAACAACCGUGCGUCUGGCAGGUGGAAGAGACCGUGCAGAGGGCCGUGUGGAGGUGCUGAUAGAGGUCGGAGGAGCAAUGCGCUGGGGCUCAGUUUGCAGUGAGAACUUUGGCCUCAACGAAGCCAUGGUGGUCUGUCGGCAGCUUGGCUUGGGAUUUGCCUCCAGAGCUUAUGAGGAGACAUGGUACUGGCCGGGAUCCCCUGAAGCCAGGGAGGUGUUGCUUAGUGGAACUCAUUGCGUUGGCACGGAGAUGUCCAUCCAGCAGUGUCGCAGGAACGGUCAAGUCUAUUGUCCCCGUGGAGGAGAUGGUAGAGCUGCGGGAGUGUCAUGUGUGGAGACUGCUCCCGACCUUGUGGUGGACGCCCAGCUCGUGCAGGAGACGGCAUACCUAGAGGACCGACCUCUUCACCUGCUGACUUGCGCAAACGAGGAGAACUGCCUGUCUUCCUCUGCUGCCAGGGUAAACUGGCUCUACGGACAUCGCAGACUGCUGCGCUUCUCCUCCCGUAUCAUGAACAUGGGUCUGGCUGACUUCAGACCGCGAGCCACCAGAGAGAGCUGGGUCUGGCACCAGUGUCACAGACACUACCACAGUAUUGAGGUGUUCACCCACUACGAUCUGCUCACCCUCAAUGGGACAAAGGUGGCUGAAGGUCACAAAGCCAGUUUCUGCCUGGAGGACACCUACUGCCCAGAUGGUAUCAAUAAGCAAUAUGCCUGCUACAACUGGGGCCAGCAGGGCAUCUCCGUCGGCUGCUGGGACACAUACCGCCAUGACAUUGACUGUCAGUGGGUUGAUAUUACAGAUGUUCGACCUGGUGAAUACAUCUUUCAGGUGGAGGUGAACCCUACCCUGGACAUGGCUGAGUCUGAUUUCCAAAACAAUGUGAUGCGUUGCAGGUGCAAGUACGAUGGAGCACGAGUUUACCUCUUCCGCUGCCAUGCAGCUGAUGCCUACAGCGCUGAAGAGGAGGACUUGUUUGACCACCAACGUCAACUUUCCAACAACUUCUUGUGAAUUAGGGAACACGUACAUUUAAGAACUGUACGACUCCAGACCUCAGAAGUCAGGCUACGAAGAGUGAAUAGCCGUAAAUAAAAACAGCUGAGGUAGAGGUGAGAAAGUGAGAGGAAGGAAAGGACAGAAAUGGCUUUUUUAGGAUCCUGUGAUCGUUGUGAGAAGAUUUUUGUUUUUGUUGGAAAAUUAAAUGGGGAUAAAGAACAGAUGUAGAAAGAGAAAGGGAUGAAAAGGAGACAAAAGCUGGACCAUGAUUUGUGAUAAAACAAUUUACAACUUUAAAAACAUCUCAUGUCGUUACGACAAAUGUUAAUGCCUUGUUUAACUACAGUUAAAGUUAUUACAUGAAGGCACAUGAGUAGAACCUUUAUCACUCUGUAUAUUUCCACAGGUAACAAAAUGGGCUUCAAGUACACUCACUGUCCACACAACAACGUCCAGGAUUUACUGUCAGAAGUAUGUGUUUUUCUUUAUAUUAGUUUUCAAUCAGAUUUUAUUUCAUCUCAUGGUGCUACUUUCCUUCUGUUUUAAAUAAAUACUGUAAUGUAUUGCAAAUGUAUUGUCAUGUACAGUCUUAUUACCUCUCUCAACUAUUGUUCUUCAGGUCUUUAAUUUAUGCAGACGUUUAAUGUACUUUACAGUUGAAACUUGUUUGUAUUGUUAAUUUUAUUAUGAAAAAUACUUCAAUUUUGUUUGAUCUUUCCUUGUUAAACACAAGGGAGCAACACAAGAUCUGGUUGUACCAUUGCAUUGCGCCUCAGAGUACUUGUUAACAGUAGUGAAAGAAUAAAAGUCAGAUUUACUAAA